CCGCCCCUUCCGGGCCCAGCUGUCGAGCGGCUGGGCGGGGCUUGGGCCCGGCCGCAACAUGGCGGAGGCGGAAGGCGAGAGCCUGGAGUCGUGGCUGAAUAAAGCCACCAACCCAUCUAACAGGCAAGAAGACUGGGAGUACAUCAUUGGGUUCUGUGACCAGAUCAACAAAGAGCUUGAAGGUCCACAGAUAGCUGUGAGACUACUGGCUCAUAAAAUCCAGUCGCCCCAGGAAUGGGAAGCAGUCCAGGCCUUGACAGUGUUGGAAGCUUGUAUGAAGAACUGUGGGAGAAGAUUUCAUAAUGAAGUAGGGAAGUUUCGUUUUCUAAACGAGUUAAUCAAAGUUGUGUCUCCAAAGUACCUAGGAGACAGAGUCUCUGAGAAGGUGAAGACUAAAGUCAUUGAGCUGCUGUAUAGCUGGACAGUGGCACUGCCAGAGGAAUCCAAGAUUAAAGAUGCCUACUACAUGCUGAAGAGACAAGGUAUUGUUAUGUUUGACCCUGUAAUCCCUGCGGAUAGAACCCUGAUUCCCUCUCCUCCACCUCGCCCCAAAAACCCUGUAUUUGACGAUGAGGAGAAAUCCAAGCUUUUAGCCAAACUAUUGAAAAGUAAAAACCCAGAUGACUUACAAGAGGCCAACAAGCUUAUUAAAUCCAUGGUAAAAGAGGAUGAGGCCCGCAUUCAGAAGGUGACAAAACGCAUUCAUACCCUUGAGGAGGUGAAUAACAAUGUGAAGCUCCUAAAUGAGAUGCUUGCUCACUACAGCAAAGAGGACUCAUCAGAGGCUGAUAGGGAGCUCAUGAAGGAGCUGUAUGAAAGGUGUGAAACCAAAAGACGAACUUUAUUCAAACUGGCCAGUGAGACGGAGGAUAAUGACAGCAGCUUGGGGGACAUUCUACAGGCCAGUGACAACUUAUCCCGGGUAAUAAAUUCCUAUAAAAAAAUAAUUGAAGGGCAAGUCAUCAAUGGUGAAGUAGAUAUCCCUGCAACAUCUUCAACAGAAGGGAGCGAUCCUGCCUGUAGUCUCAAUGCCCUCAUUGACCUCGCUGGAUUGGAUGUUACCAGCACCCCGCCACCACCGAUGCCAUCCACAACGCUGACCCCAGCCCCAACACUAGCACCAGUGCCGGCCUUGUCAGAAAUCCCCAUCCUUCCUCCUCCUCCCCAGACAUUUGGUCACUCGCGGAGCCGCUCCUCCAGCCAAGCCGAGACGGCUCCUGCUCAGCAGAGCAAUACGGCUAAUUCUCUCUCCUUGCUAGAUGAGGAGCUGCUUUGCUUAGGCCUGAAUGACCCAGCCCCUACAGCAGUGAAGGAGUCAACGGAUAACAAUCAGUGGAACGUGUUCCAGAACGACCAGGUGGACCUGGACUUCUUUAGUCCAAAGCUGGUGACUGUUGCCUGCAACUCUGCAGGGAACCCUCUUUUCCAUCAUGGAUCGCAAUCUGCGUGUGGAAUUUCUGCACCGCUGCCUUCCACUUUCACAGCCUCUCAGACUGUUUCCAGCAUUCCUGCACCUAACUUAUUCUCUGCUGGACCAGCCACCCCUCUGGGCCCUCCUAAGGCCGUGCCAGCUGCUCCUGGGUACCUCCCUUCAGCCAUGGGGGGCAAUACUUUGCACAAGCUGGAUGCAUUGGGACACCUUCUUGAAGAAGCCAAAGGGACGUCAGCCCAAGCGAAGCCCACACCCUCGGUGUUCCCUGGAGUUACCUUAUCAACCGCUGUCACCUCAGCCCCCAUCGUAUCCACUGCAGGUGUGCCGGUCACUGAUCCAGUGGUCCCUACUAUUCCUUUUCCAAGCAGCUGUACCGCAGGUUCAGGAAGCCCCCUCUUCCAGCCAGCUUGUUUCCAGCAGCAGGGCAGCCCUCUGAAAGCAGCUGACAUUUCUUUGGCCAAUGUCCAUGUUCCACUGGAGUCCAUUAAACCCAGCAGUGCUCUUCCAGUGACAGCCUACGAUAAGAACGGGUUCAGGAUCCUCCUGCACUUUGCCCAGGAGUGUCCACCUGGGAGAUCGGAUGUGCUGGUCGUGGUUGUGUCGAUGUUGAACACAGCACCACUUCCUAUUAAAAAUAUUAUACUGCAGGCAGCAGUACCAAAGUCCAUGAAAGUGAAGUUGCAGCCCCCCUCGGGCACGGAACUGUCUCCAUUCAACCCCAUCCAGCCACCAGCCGCCAUCACUCAAGUCAUGCUGUUGGCAAACCCCACCAAGGAAAAAGUGAGACUGAGAUACCGAUUGACCUUCACUUUGGGAGACCAGCCCAGCACAGAGGUUGGGGAAGUGGAUCAGUUUCCCCCGGUAGAACAAUGGGGUAAUCUAUGACCCAGCGAGAUUGCCACAGACUCCAUGACAGGACCUGGCAGGGAUCCCAAAGGGACUGGAAUGACUGUGACGUGGAAGGGGCACACAUGCUAUCCACUGGUGAUGUUUAGCUUUGUUUACAUGUCCUGACCACUCUGCUUGUAGCUUUAGUCCAGAAUGUUUUACCCCAGGUUGAAGUGGUCCUGGGGCAUAUAUGCCAAGCAUGAACUGAGUGGCAGCCAGUAAGACCUUUUGCUGGCUGCUUUUAUCUUGGCUUCUGGGUGAACCUGGUUCUAUCUUCCACUUUGUUUAAACUUGAAAUUAUGGUGUUUUGGAACAGAGACCUGUCGCCAGAGGGGGAUUGGGUUGGCUUACUCCCAUGCUGUUGUCCAGAGAUGCCUAAAGGCUGGUAGGGUAAUGAUGUAAUGAGUUUCCUCAGUGCAGAGCCCUAAUAUAGGCCUACCCUAGGGCUUUUAUCUCCUGGGUACCAGAACUAGACUCUCUAAGCCUGUUGAGCAAUAAGGCUGGCUCAAAGAGGGUACAUUUAUUUUUUACACUAGACUGAUGCUCCAUACGCCCACUCCAUUUUCUCUCUCAACAGCCAUCCUAAGCAGUCCAUUUAGGCAGACAGUAGGUGUGAGCUGUGUGACACCUCUCUCUCUAACUGAUACAGUGUAUUUUAUACUCCCAGGUGCCUGUAUACGGUAUCGCUUCCAGGCAGCUGGGAUUACUCUUUGUACACAUGUGGCUACACACUGGUUAUUCUUCUGACUUCGUCACAUUCCACGGUGUUGAGCAGGGGGAGGUGAGGAGGUAAAACCACCAGGGCUAGAAGGCUCCAGUGGCCCAGGACAUAAGGGCAGCAGAGUCUCUGCAAUCGCUAAUCAGGUGCAGCAACCAAAGCACGGUUAAGAAGAUAGGCCUCUCAAGUCCCCUCAUGCACGGAGUAUUAUUAUUGUAGUUGAGUACUAUGUUCUCUUGAGGUGAUUAGGAGUAGGAUCUGUAAAUACUAGAGCUGUAGAGCAACUA